UUGGUGGCAUUCAAUAACUGUUGGUUUCAUCAGUUCAUAUUCAACCAUUCAAGCAACUCCAACAAAUUCAAAAACUUCUCUCUUAAAAACGAAAAUCAAACCAUAGUGCUUAUAAGAAAAAGUGAACUAAAAGAUCGUGUGAAUUUUGGUAACGCACUUACAUGAUUUUAAAUAAAUGCAGCUGCCAAAAAAAACGAAAAUAAUUGAAUGCAAUGCCGAAAUAAACCCCCCCGAAAAAAAAUUGGCAAAAACAAAAAAAUCUCAAUUUUAAAUACUUGUAAACAACCGACAAAAUAAAAUGUAUUCACGAGUACAAAUACUAUGCAAAUGCUUCUGUUCUUGGCCAUAAAAAUUAAAAUAAAACUAAAUAUUUCUUAGUACAAAAUCAAACAUCUGUUAAAUAACACGUUUCUUUUAAAAAUUGUGGCAUUUACGAGUAUGAAUCCAUAAAAAUAUUCAAAUAGACUUUAAACGUUUUGCAAAACAAAUUAAACAAAUCAUUUAACAAUUCGUAUUAUAACUGGUAUGUUGAAAACCCGUUGGCCAGACAAAUAAACUUUAUACCGGAAAAUAAUAAUUAUUUUGAAAAAUUAAAAAUUAUUAAAUUAUUAAAAAAAAUUAUAAAUCAAGUUUGCAAAAAAAAAGCAAAAUGAAAAGUCCCCUAUUCAAAUGUUUGUGCGCCCAAAGCCCCAAGGAAAAGGUUAAACUAUUGGAAAAUUUAUGCUGUCUUUUAAGUGAAUUCAUUGGCACUGGCAUGCUUAUGUUUCUGGGCUGUAUGGGCUGCAUAGAAUCUGAUCUCUUUGAAAGCAACAAUUUGACUAGAUCUUUAAAUUUCGGUAUUGUUGUUCUGAUCAUCAUACAAUGUUUUGGCUGCUGUUCGGGGGCUCAUUUAAAUCCUGCCGUUACUUUGGCUUCUUACAUCUAUAACAUGCUAUCCUUGCCCAUGGUGGCAGCCUAUAUAGUAGCUCAAAUUUUAGGCGCCAUUUGUGGUUAUGGUUUGCUUAAAGUUUUCCUGCCUAUGGAUCUUAUACAGGUGCCGGGUAAAAGUAAUGCUUUAUGCUUGACUGCUGUUCAUUCGAGUAUUGCUACUUGGCAGGCUGUGGGUAUUGAAAUGUGUAUAACAGCCACCCUAGUGUGGGUGUGUUGUGGUGUUUGGGAUCCUCGUAAUAAAAUGUUUCAGGAUUCGGUACCCAUUCGUUUUGGCUUGACAGUCGCUUCGUUGUCCAUAACAGCGGGUCCUCUCACCGGUGCCAGUAUGAAUCCUGCUCGUUCAUUGGCUCCUGCCGUUUGGAACAAUCAGCUUCAAGACCAAUGGAUCUAUUGGAUAGCUCCUCUCUUAGCCAGUAUUAUUUCGGCCAAUUUCUAUAAAUACGUAUUUAAAGGUGAAGAAUGUAAGGAGGAAAAGCCUAUGACGAAAAUGAACGAAGCACAAAUAUCUUGCCCGUAAAUUGUAGGCUUAUAAUAAUCUAUUGUUAUAUUAAACAAGUUUAUUAUAACUACAAGUAUUUUUAGGUAUUUUGUAUUAUAAAUUGUUAUUAAAUCUCAUUUUUUUUAUUACUUUAAUGAAAAUGGCGGAAUAUUUUCUAGACGUAAUUUCAUUUUUAAAAUUUCUUCUAACUUGGUCUUAAAUUUAGAUAAAUAAGUAUAUAAGCUGGUUAAUAAAUUAAGUAGUUUAAGUAAUUAAGUAAAGUGUAUAUAAAAAUCCUUAAAAAAAUAUGUAUUUUAUUAAACAAUUUAAUAAACAAAUAAAAUGCUGGGCAUGUUUAUUAUAUAAAAA